CUCUGUGCUGCUUCUCUAGGGGAUGAUGAGCAGAGUGAUUGGUUCUAUGAGGGAGAAUGUGUCCCAGGAUUCACCGUCCCCAACCUACUGCCCAAGUGGGGAGCAGAUCACCGGUCUGAGGUGGAGCGAAUGGACUCUGGCCUGGAAAAACUCUCCGACUCUACGUUCCUUUUGCCCUCCCGGCCUGCUCAGAGGGGGUUUCAUGCUCGUCUGAACCGCCUUCCAGGAGCUGCUGCCCGCUGUCUCAGAAAGGGACGUAGGAGACUCGUUGGCAAGGAGACCAGCUUGAGCACUCUGGGCAGUGAGAGGAUGGGUCACAUCGUUAGUGACCCACGUCAAAAAGAAAAGAACAAAGUGCUGGCUUCCGAUUUCCACCACAUUGUGGCCUGUGCACAUGAGUUCAAUCCGUUAUCUCCUUUGUACUCUCUGGAUGUUCUUGCUGAUGCCUCCCACAGAAGAUGCUCACCAGCACACUGCACUGCCAGACAGACAAAUAUACACCUGGGACCGCCCUGCUCAAGGGAUAUCAAGAGGAAACGAAAGCCAGCAGCAGCUGCAGCCUCUCUUUCCAGCCCUACUUCAGCAGCUUUGCCUGUCCACAUGGAUGCAGCAGACUCAUCCCUGCCAGCAACACAGUCCCAGAGGUCCCAGAGCUCUGACUGGACGGGCAGAACCCAGGCAGCAGAGAAAUCCACUGCUGCUGCCCCAGCUAACUUCUUUAAAACACCACAAGAGAAGGGCUCUGGAUACAGCUAGAUGGAGGUGUCUCUACUCGGAGCUGGUUGCGUUUAUGAAAUGUUGGACUUCGAAGUACAUCAGCACUGAACGUCUCAUUUGGCAAUAACCAUCUCAUCAGUGUUGGUGCGUGUUGCUCACCGUCCUCCAGCUGUGUGCCCCACACAUCCCCAGAUCAUGUUUGUGAAUCUGUGUAAAAAGUAACUGGUGAUGUUGGGGCUGCAGCUUUUUUAAAGCAUUCCUGCUAUUGCUGUGAGUACUUAUUACACAUGCAUCUCCUGUCCCAGCACCUGUUGUUAUCUGCUGGGAUGUGUACAGAGCCUUGUGGUUUUGCAGGUGUUGGUCUUUGUUAUGAAGCUGGUCACCACUUGGGCAUAUUGUUUGUUGCAAAGGGUUGAAUAUAACAGGAAAAAGUCCUACUGCGGCUAUGCAGAGGCAAGAAUCUGUCUUUGGCAAGCAUAAGGACAAAAACAAAGGCCAGCUUAGGAUUCCUGGUCAGGAGAGGAGGAGGGGAACAGCAAGUGCAAACAAGGUUUGAAAUGUGGGACUUGAAUUCUGUAUUAGCAAAACACCUAUAGGCCUCUCACUGAGGGACUUGGCAGUCAAGAUGUUGUUUCUAAUGAAACAAAUGUGGUGCUGGUCCUGUCAGGAAUUGCCAGUGGCUUACUAUCAGCAUGGUCCUUCAGCGCUUUUUGUCCUUCCUUGUUUGGAGUGUCUUUAGUCUUGCCCUGUGAAUUGCAGUAUUCUUUCCUUAUUCUUCAUCCUCUCCAUUUAUCCUGCUGGACAAGGGGUUGGUAGAACCAAUUAGACAAAAAUGUGCAGACUGGAGUUAUGAGAGGAAGCUUGGAUCAAGUUGCCCUAAAAUAUCCUCUGAGAAGUCUUCAUUGGGGAGAUGACAGAGAGGAAAUAUUGGAAUACUGUCCAUGGGCAUCCAGCUUCAGAAGCUACUGUAAGCAAUCCCGAGGACACUUGAAGUUAAAGUCCAUGUCCCACUGUGUACUAAAAGUUAUAUAGAGUAUUAUCUGAGUUCAAAGCACUCUCUAAAGAUUGAACCACUUCCCCUGUCUCACAUUCUCCCUGUCUUCCUCAAAGGUUAGUGUUCUGAAGUAUAUAUAAGUGGGGUUCCCCUCUAUCUCCAGAGUAUACAUGGAAGGGGUCUCCCUCUAUCACUGAUUGUACUCUGCUCUGUAGUAUAUAUGGGAGGGUGUCCCUGGAUUUCCAGUUGUACUCUGCUCUGUGGUAUGUAUAGGAAGGGUUUGCCUUCUCCACCUUUCCUUGCAUCCCUGAUGGCAUUUGCUCUGCAGUAUAUUGGGGAGGGUUCUUUUCUCCCCACAACCCUUUCCCUUUAUCCCUGAUUGCUCUUCAGUUUGCAGUAUUGAUGGGGGGUGUGUGUGUGUCUCCUGCUUUCUCUUUUCCUGUAUCCUUGGUUGUACUCUGCUUGUUUCCCUAUCUCUUGAAAGACCUCUCUACAGCUUCACUCUGGGUUACAUAUAUAGAAGAUGUGCCUGGAUAGUGUGUACAAAAGGAACCAUGCCAUGCUUGCUUGACAACCCUAGUUGCCUUGUGAGCUGUUGGGUGUUUUCAAACAGGUGGCCCUUGUCAUUACAAAACCUACGGGUUGGCUGAGUGGGUGGAGCUCCAGACAGGACCAUCCAUUAAGAGCAAAAAUAAAUUUUCAACAUGGGGUGGAACUUGCACCCCUAGAUGUAGAUGAUGGAUUUGCAUGUUUCCCUUGCUUUGCUCUCUAUGACCUAUAAAUCAAAUGAGUGAGGGGUAGAUUUGAUUAUGAGCAGAUCAGAAAAUGUUUUAAUUGUUUUUAAAUUUUCUUUGUAUUAAAAUUUUAAAAUUAAAUGGCCAGCCAUGAAGACCCAUAACAUAACACACAAAGUAAGUUACAAAAUCAAACAAAAUGCUCUCGAACAAUCUAAAUCAUGAAUGAUGAAUAGUUACAUUAGACAAAGUGUCCAUGUCUUAUCCACUAAUACCUAUUUACUCUUGGGGAGAGACCCAAAUUGGAUUUAUGUUUUCUGUCCUAAGGAAAAUCUCAGCUCUGCCCACAUAAAUCCCUCUGAAAAAUCUCAUGCGUCUUUCUUAUACAUAUUGAAAUUCCUUAGAGGGAGAGUCUUGUUACCCUCAUACAGGGGCACAGAGUUUAAAGGCUAGUUUGGAUUAUCUAUGAGCAAUUACCAGGGAUUUGAGGGGAAAGAAAUGUUCAGAUUAAGUUAGUGUCUUUACAUUCUUAUUUUUGUGCUUUGUACAAAACCAAGUCUGUAGCGCUUAACAAGUAAUAAAGACAGACUCUAUCAUGAAGCGCCUGUGAUCUAAAACCCGUACAGAGAAGAUGGGACACUGGGAAAACAUAAUUAGGGAAUAACUUGGCUUUUUUAUUAUUUCACUCCUUGUGGGCAAAGCAGGAGAUAAACUCCAUCCAGCUGCUGAUUUGCUUCUUGGUUAUAGAAGAUGUUGUUUCAAUGGAGAGAUGAAUGGAGAUGUUAGAUACUGUUUGUCUAAUGCAAGGGCAAGCACAGGCACGGGACAUGUAUUAAAAGUGAGGGACUGUGAGCAUUGGGGAGCUGAGAAUAGGUAAUAUCACUCCUGUUCCCUGCAUUUGUUGAUAAUCCAAUAGUGGGUUGCAGCUAACUGCAGGUUAGCUGUGCAGUUGUCCCAUGGUCCCUUGUUUCAAUUCCAUAAAUCUUCCUUUCCAUGAACAGUUGUAUUCAUCAUUUUAAAGCACAAGCCUAAACCAUGUCCCUGGAUUCCUCAUGAAAGAGAAUUAGACCAGUGGCCUAUUGUGGUACUUGUUUGUCUCUUGGAAGAAGCUCAGAUACUUCAGUGAUGAGUACCAUUAGAAGAAUUUAGAUAGGCCACCGACCCUAACAAAACACACUCUGAAAGUUGUUCCAGUGGUUAAUUACUGACUGUUAAAAAAAAUUACAUGUUAUUUCUAGUUUGAAUUUGUCUAGCUUCAGGUCCAGCCAUUGGAUCGUGUUAUACCUUUCUCUGCAAGAUUGAAGGAGACCAUUAAAUAUUUGUUCCCCAUGUCGAUACUUAGACUCUAAUCAAAUCACCCUUUAACCUUCUGUUCAUUAAGCUAACUAGUUUGAACUCCUGGAGAAUUUCACUAUCAGGCAUGUUUUCUAAUGCUUCAGUCGUUCUCAUGGCUCUUCCCUGAGCCCUCUCUGAUUUAUCAAUAUCUUUCUUGACUUGUGGACACCAGAACUGGACACAGUAUUUCAGCAGCAGUUGCACCAGUGCCAAAUACAGAGGUAAAGUGACCUCUCUGCUACUUGAGAGUUUCCAGUUUAUGCAUCCCAGGAUCAUAUUAGCUCUUUUGGCCACAGCAUCACAUUGGGAGCUCAUGUUCAGCUGAUUAUCCACCAUGACCCCCAGAUCUUUUUCAGAGUCACUCCUUCCCAGGAGAGAAUCCCACAUUUUGUAAGUAUGGCCUACAUUUUGUUCCUAGAUCUAUCCAUUUCCAUUUAACCAUAUUAAAACACAUAUUGUUUGUUUGCGCCCAGUUUAUCAAGUGAUCCAGAUUGUGCUGUCUUCAUUAUUUAUCCCACCCCCCCCAUUUGUGUCACCUUUAAAACUUUAUCGGUGAUUAUUUUGUUUUCUUCCAGAUCAUCAAUAAAAAUGUUAAAUAGCAUAGGGCCAAGAACCGAUCCCAGUGGGACCCCGUUGGAAACACUCCCACUUAAUGGUGACUCUCUGUUUACAGUUACAAUUUGAGACCUGUAAAUUAGCCAGUUUUUAAUCCAUUUAUUGUGUGCCAUGUUAAUUUUAUAGUUCUAUCAGUACAUAUAGUUAUUAUACAAAAUCAUAAAUAUCAGAGAGGGAAAAGUUCUAUUAAAACGGGGCUUUUCAACGUUUUCUGUACUUUGACCUCAUGUUACAACAGAAAACAUUUUAUGACCUUCCUUCUAACCGUAGGAAGGUGGCCACAAUCCCCAAAACCUGUUUGCAACACCCAUGUUCAUGUAUAAAACAGGCAGUCUUUCAUUGCUAAUGCAGGAUUGUUCUCUACAAAAGAAUUUUCUAGUGCUUUGUCCAGUCUAGCUUUAAAUAUCCCUAGAGAAAGAUCCUUCACAGCUUCCCUUGGUUGCAAGUCUAUUAAUCAGCCUAAUGCAUCUCACUAAGAGUUUUCCUAACAGUCAUCUUAAUUUUUCCCUGUCUUAAAUUCAUCUUGUUACUCCUGGUUAUAUUCACUUGUAUCACCCUACAUAAUUCCUCUCCCUCCUGGGUGCUAGCACCAUUCACCUUUAGUAGAUUGUUAUAUAGAAUCAGCAGCCUAGUCUCACAAUUGAGGGGUCCAGGCUGCAACUCCAUGUUCUCAGAGGGCAGGGUGGAAACAAUUUAUUCUCAAAUUUUCCUGUUGAUGUCAAUAGAGCUGCUGAUCCAAGCAGGGACUGUGGGAUCAAGCUCUUAGAUUGUGAGCUCUUCAGGUCAGGGUACUGACACAUUUUCUUUUGUCUCCAAAGGAUUGAGCAUACUUAUGGCACUAUUGAAAUAAUAAUCAUAGCAGACACCUCCCUUUGUAGGUAGCAUCUCUUGCCAUGGGAUGUUUCCAAAAGGGCUGGAGGUCCCAACCAUAUGAGUUCCUGCUAUUGCUUUCCCUUCCCCACUUGCAGUGUAGAAUCCAAUUAUGGGCCAGCCAGGCUCUGAGCAGGGUUGCUGAUUUGUAGGGGAUUCCACAAGCUUAGUUUAGGACACGUUAUAUCCUGUGCUGUGACUCCAGAAAUCGGAGUGUUAUAUGAUUUUUUUGUAAAAUCCCUUUCAGAGAUCAGUAGCUUGCUUCAGGUUUUAAAUAAAGAUUCUUAGUAUUGCUGUGAUCCAGCUGAUUUGUUUGGUUUCUCUUUCUCUAUGGCAGGUGUUCUCUUUCCUUCCCUUCCCCUCAGUUUAUGUAGUUUAUUGUAUGUCCAGAUUCCUUGCCCCUCUCUGAGGAAUGCUACUUGUGGCAGCAAGGGGAGUAAGGGGACAGAGGUUUUUUAGAAGCAAGUGUCAAUAAAAUAAUAAAACAAGGAAACUUUAUGCAAUGCAAUGAUCCUGCUUCCAGCGCAGCAGGAGCUGACACCACCUCAGGGAGCUGGUGCUGAGUCCCAGCAUGAGGCUAAAACCUGGUCAACACAUGUAAUUUAAAUUGCCAUAGCUGUGAUGCUUACGGGUGUGAAAAAUCCACAUCCCUGAGCGCCAUAGCUCUGCUGACCUAUCCGCUGGUGUAGACACAGCUAGGUCAACGAAACAAUGCUUCCAUCGACCUAGCUACCCUUGUUAUGGGGAGGUGGGGUUCCUACAGCAACAGAAAAACCCCUUCCAUCACUGAAGGCUGAAUCUACAUAUCGGCUUAUGCUGACAGCUAUGGCACUAUAGUGUAGACGUGGCCUUAGCUGCACCACUUUAACUCUGUUGGGAUUGUUAAAGUGGUACAACUCCCAGCGUGGAUGUAGUUUUACUGGUAUAAAGGUACUUUUACCGGUAUAGCUACCUCUGUACAGGAAGGGGAAUAACUACUGGUAUAAAUCACCUUUAUACCAACUGGAGCCACACUGGGGAUUAUACCAGUAUAACUAUUUUAGUAAAAAUCCACACCACUAAUUGAUGCAGGUAUACUGAUAAACCUUUCAGUUGUAGACCAGGCCUUAAGUGAAGCAGGAACUUGAAAGAUCAUAGUCUGUGUGACCCUGAAGGGAGCAGGAACACCGUCAUGGCUCAGGGGGAAUCGACAGCCCAGAGCCAAGUCCCAGUGUUACACUUAAGUGUUAGUGUAGACAAAGCCUUUGUCGGCAAAACAUUUGUCGGUCGGAGGGAGACACCCUGACCUACACAAAUUUCACCGACAAAAGCACUGGUGUGCACAGCGCUAUGUCAGCGGGAAAUGCUUUCCCGCCAACAUAGUUACCUCUGCUCAUUGGAGGUGGUUUAAUCGAGCCAGUGGGAGAGCUCUCUCACAUUGGCAUAGAGCAGCUACGUUGGAGGCUUUACAGCAGCGCAGCUGCAGUGGUGCAGCUGUGCCGCUGUAAGGUCCAUAAUGUAGACACAGCCUUAGAAAGAGUUAGACUGGAGGCAUCUGGAAAGAUAUGGGAGGUCCAAAAGCUCAGUCUGGGCACACAUGUUCAGAAGGCUGAAAGAGCAAUUUGAGCUGUAGAAACAGAGCUAUACUGAACUAAGGUAGAAUGUGAAGGAGACAGGGCAUCAUAAUGAAAUCUGUCUGAGGAUCUUCUUGGACCUGUUCCAUGGUCUCACACCAACCUCACCAUGUGGCUUUACGCUUCAGUCCCCCACUUCAGAUCUCUUUCCUUUCCCUUUGAACACUUGGGGUUUCUUUCUUUAUUUCCAAAGGGACCCAAACAAAAAGAGUUUCAUUUAAUCAUAAUGACAAGGGUGGAAUGAUGGAUGUGAGGUGGAAGAGAAUUCCACAGCUGGGAGGAGCAUAUGGUUAAAACAUCUUCAAAGCUAAAGGUCCUGGAACAGUAGACGCUACAAAACCGGCACUGGCUGGUCUUACAGCUUGGUAAUUGUGAGAGAACAAGGAAGCCUCUUAUUUAAAAAGGGACAAGACCUGUGGAAGAAGUGUCAUCUUGCAACCAGUCUCUUAUUGAUAUAGGUAUUUGAUGCCUCCUAUCGCCAUUGUAUCUGAGCAGCUCAACUACCGUGCCAUUUAUCACUGUGAAAACCUUUUUGGAGGAGAGAGAUGUUCUGAAUGUUUAGUAACUGUGAGGAGGAGAGAAUUUUGGUUGCUUCCUGGAGAAUCUAUGGUCCACAAGCCCAGCUCUGCAGUGGUCCUGUCCUGCCAAUUGUGAUGCAGUGUACUGUCAGCUGUGAUGCACAGAGCAGAAUUACAGAUGUUUUUUCAGGAAGAUGGAACAGAAGCUUAAAAAGGGAGAGUGAAACACAGGAAAAGGGAAUCAGAUAUUACAUGGAAACUAAAAGUUAAGUUAAGGACUGCCAAAAGAAUGUGAAAAAGCUAAAGUAACAAUGGUUAGUAGAGGUCAAAGGGGAACAUAGGUGAUACUUUCUGUAGGACAGAACGGAAAGCAUUGUAGUGUCAUAUAGACAGAAAAGAUACUAUAGAGGCUGACUUGGAACCCUUGCAGGACCUAUGUAGUUACAUUUCCUGCCCUUAACCUCAGUCCAACAUGCUAACAGUACCAAGAUGGCCAGUGAAAGGUCUACAAGUGCAACACAUUGACCUUCUGAGACAGCUGUGUCUUCAUGACAACAUUAGGAAAGAUGCCCAGGUAUUGUUCAGGUAUUUAUUGGUAAAUGUACCACCUAGCUCAAAGGCUCAGCAGUGGAGCAUAUGAAACCUUUAUCUCUUAAGUCACUGAUUUUGAAUUCACCCAGUAGUGACUAAAAAAGAUUGCCAGCUUGCAGAUCUCCAGUAGAUUUUAAGAAGAUUGCUCACAGUGUUAUGUUCUUAGUGGACAGAUGUAUACCACACAAUUAUUAUUAAUCACCAACAACGUGCUUGGCUCUGUCUAAGACAGGAAAUACAGACAGCCACUGCCUAGGCUAGCUUACCAUUUAAAGAGAAAUACUGACUAUGAAAACAAAAAAUACUGUUGCCAUUGGACCUGAUUAAUGCUUGUGUUGGUAGCAUCAGGGGACACAAAGGACUGAAUGAGCUGUGGAAGUGAUUGUGUGGUGAACUGGGAAUAGCAAUGGUGACUCACCUUUGCCCGGUGCUUUGAGAGCUAUGUAUGAAAAGUGCUAUAGAUAAGUUGUGUCUUUAGAUUUUCCCUAGAUGUAACUGUAUUUUCCAGGUUGAAUUUACUUUUACUCCUGUAUUUUCUACCUCUUCUUGUUUAUAAUUCUUUGCCUUGCUGCGAUUCACAAUUUCCCAGUUAGAUUUAAUGUAAUGUGCUGUCUCCUCCCAUUUCCAGAACAUUAAUGAAGACAUUAAAUAAGACUGGACCUUGCACUCAAGCCAUGUGGCUCUCUACUGAACUUCUUGCCCUAUCUCACCAUGUUGUCAUUUAUUACUAAUUAUGUUUAUUACAGUAGCCCUUAAGCGCCCUAGUCAUAGAUCAAGACCCCAUUGUGCUGGGCCCUAUUCAAACACAGAACAAAGACUGUUCCUGCCCCAAAUGGCUUAGUCAUUGCUCUCUUGGCCUUUCAUCUAAUUUGAGUCCGUGGUGUGCUCAGAAUGAUUGUCAGUUCCAUGAGAACAAGUAAGAUUUUUUUUUUGUGUGAUGCUGUAUAAAGUGAAGUCUGGCUCUAUCGCACUAUGUUCCCUUGUGAAGGCGAUCACUCACUUCAUGAGCCUCCUAGGGGCCUGGUGAGGAGAAAACAGGCUGUCUUCUUUCCUUGUGCCCCCUGUUAACAGUUGUUCCCGCACAGCAGUAGUCUGCCUUUCAGUGACAACCCUCUGGCCAAGUCAUGAAUUGUGUCCACCCCUUUCAGGGUACACAGAGUCCAACAAAGGAUAGCUUUAGUGUCCGGCAAAGAGGUUCCAGGCCACACUGGGCCAAGGUCCCAGAGUCAUGACCCUCUGGGUUAUAGUGUCUUCCUAGUCCAUAUUCCUCUGUACCCAGUGUAGCUUUUUGCCUUCAGCCCUAUCUGGGGGUUGGUAGGGGAACCCAGGCCUACCCUCUCCACCAGGUCCUAAUCCAAGGCCAUGUGGUAGGCACCAAGGUCCUGCACCCUAAUGGACUGUGCUGCUGCUCCCCUGCAUUGCUUCCCACCAGUCUCUCACAGAAGGGCAAAGCAAAGACAUGUAAGCAAAAUAAAUCAAAAGAUAAAUCCCAGACCUUGCAGCUAUCCAAAGUUCCUUUUCCCUCAGCAGAUCAGGUAGGUUCUUAAUAGUCAGGGGUCCCAGGCAGCUGGCCCUUCCAUAGUACUCCCUCUGAGAAGCUAAGAGCAUCGGCCUGCUCACCUCCAAUGACUGACUACGAUUGAGUUGCUCUGCUCCCCUUUUAAACUCCUCCAGUGCCUGCAUGCAUUGCAAGUGGGGCAGCCUAGGCCCAAAGUAGCUCUUUAACCCAUUCUUUUCCAGUGCAGGAUUUGUACACCCCAUCACAUCCCUUCAUCUGCUAAUUCAGUAAUUCUAUUUUAUUAUGUGUGUUUUACUGUAGUUCCUGGAGGCCUCAGGAAGGAUCAAGGCUCAGUUUUGCUAGGUGCUGUACCAAAUGCAGACUAAAAGAACAGCUUCUGCCUUGGAGUGUUUACAAUUUAAUAAAGGGUGAAGAAGGUAUGAAGACAGACGUGAGGAAAAGAAACGAAAGAGGCAUUGUGGUUGGUGUCACUGAAUGAUCGAUUAUUACAAUUGAAUGAUUGUAGCAUGUGCAGAGAUGCAUAUUACCAGCGCCUUGAACAAAGAUGACACUGAGGCAGUUGUCUGCUGUGCUCCCAGCCACAGGGGAUCAUGCCAUCAUGGACAUCACUGACCCAUGUACACAGUGGGUAUGGGAUGAAAAAGGAAAUUGCCACAGGGGCAGCUAGAGAUUUGGUUGGUUGCCACUAGUUUCAUCUUUUGUCCCUUGGUCUCUCUCCUCCCCUCCCGCCCCCCGAAAAAGUAGGUACAGUGUAACCUGAGAGUUAGGAACACCAGAGUUAUGAACUGACCAGUCAACCACACACCUCAUUUGAAACCAAAAAUAUA